AUGGCUUCAGUUCCAACGUAAGUUCUAUAUCCUAAUGUAAUUUACGUCCUUUAGGAUAUCUGCGCUUCAACUAGGGUUUUAGGUAUAUUAUAAUAUCCUGGUGUAUAAAUAAGUUACUCUAUUAUCUUUUUUUUCAGUAGACAAGAUGAAAAAACGAAGAAGAACGAAGCUUUGGCUACGGCCAUCCUUAAGGACAAACAUAAGCCUAAUCGCCUGAUCGUUGAAGGCUCCAGCAAGGACGACAACUCCGUUGUAGGGCUGAGCCAGGCCAAGAUGGACGAGCUGGGUCUCUUCCGUGGUGACAAUGUGAUUCUGAAGGGAAAGAAGAGACGUGAGACCAUCGCCAUCGUUCUGGCUGAUGAAUCCUGCACCAACGACAAGAUUUUGAUGAACCGUGUUGUCAGGCACAACUUGAGAGUCAGAUUGGGCGAUGUUGUCAGGUCAGGUGUUUUUUAAUUCUUUUUGCUGUUUAGACGUUAAAAAUAACUGAAUGGUGUUCAAAUGGAGAAGAUUUAUAUUGUUGUAGAUGGGUUUAGUGUUGUAUGGUAAACCUCGGUUUAUUAUUGAAAAUUUGAAGCGAGGUAUAAGAAAACGUAUUUUAUAGAAGGUUUGGAGUACGUUGAUACAAACCUCGUAUAAAAUACAAACAUUCAGAACAGAGCAUUUUGGUUAAAGGAAGCCAAAUUGGUCUACUUGAACAGUUUACAUUUUUAUUUUGACAAUAUAGUGUUUAACAUAAGAACCAAAUGUAUAUAGGCUUGAAGAUUAACGUAAUUCUAAUAAUUUGGUUUUUAGCAUCAACGCUGCCCCCAACAUAAGCUAUGGAAAGAGAAUCCAGGUCCUUCCAAUUGACGAUACGAUCGAAGGAUUGACCGGAAACUUGUUCGAAGUCUUCUUGAAGCCCUACUUCGUCGAGACAUAUCGUCCAGUCCACAAGGGAGACAUCUUCUCCAUCAAGGCUGCUAUGAGAACUGUUGAGUUCAAAGUUAUCGAAACUGACCCAUCUCCAUGCUGUAUCGUUGCUCCAGACACCUUAAUCCACUUUGAAGGAGAACCGAUUAAGAGAGAAGAGGAGGAGGAGAACAUCAAUGAUGUUGGUUAUGAUGAUAUUGGUGGUGUCAAGAAGCAAUUGGCUCAGAUCAAGGAGAUGGUUGAACUACCACUUCGUCAUCCACAACUUUUCAAAUCUAUUGGUAUCAAGGUAUGUACAAGGUUAUAUUUUAAAGGUUAGAGACUAGUUUUUGAAGUAGAAGGACGUAAAGGUAAUGUAGACAUAGGCAAUGAUGAGUUGUGCAGGGGUCCUGAAAUUGGCCAGCAUGUGAUCCAAUGUCGGCUGACUGAAAGGACAUCGGUGUCCUCGAAGUCGGUCGGCAGAGAAAAAGCACACACUGAGCUUAAGUUACAAUAUAUGUUAAUGUCUUUGAACAAGUUAAUAAAUUUGAUUCUUAAAAGAUAUGACAAUUCAUAUAUCUCAUUUCAGCCUCCACGUGGUAUCCUUCUGUACGGUCCACCAGGUACUGGUAAAACCUUGAUUGCUCGUGCCGUUGCCAACGAGACCGGAGCUUUCUUCUUUUUGUUGAACGGUCCAGAAAUCAUGUCCAAGUUGGCCGGAGAAUCAGAAUCCAACUUGAGAAAGGCAUUCCAGGAGUGCGAGAAGAACUCUCCAUCUAUCUUGUUCGUCGAUGAAAUCGAUGCCAUUGCUCCAAAGAGAGAAAAGACCCACGGUGAAGUGGAACGUCGUAUUGUAUCUCAACUCUUGACCUUGAUGGACGGUCUGAAGCAACGUUCUCAUGUUGUCGUUAUGGCUGCCACCAACAGACCCAACUCUAUUGACCCUGCUCUUCGUCGUUUCGGUCGUUUUGACAGAGAAAUCGACAUUGGAAUCCCAGAUGCCCCAGGCCGUUUGGAAGUUCUCAAGAUUCACACCAAGAACAUGAAGCUCGCCCAAGAUGUUGACUUGGAACAGAUCGCCAACGAAUGCCACGGUUACGUCGGAGCCGAUUUGGCUUCAUUGUGUUCAGAAGCCGCUCUUCAACAAAUCCGUGAGAAGAUGGAGUUGAUCGACCUUGAGGAUGAUACCAUCGAUGCCGAGGUUUUGAACUCAUUGGCCGUUUCCAUGGAGAACUUCAGAUUUGCCAUGGGUAAGAAUACUCCAUCAGCUCUUCGUGAGACUGUUGUUGAGACUCCAAACAUCGACUGGUCGGACAUUGGAGGUCUCGAAGGUGUCAAGAGAGAGCUUCAAGAGUUGGUUCAAGUAAGUCUUUCGCUUUAUUUUUGUAUUUUAGGUAUGAGUUUAGUGAGCCAUAUAUUUUAGGUUUAAGAUUAAAAGGUCAUUAAUGAUGUUGUUUUAGUACCCAGUCGAGCACCCAGACAAGUAUCUCAAAUUCGGAAUGCAGCCAUCUCGUGGUGUGUUGUUCUACGGUCCACCUGGUUGUGGUAAGACCUUGUUGGCCAAGGCUAUCGCUCAUGAAUGUCAAGCCAACUUCAUCUCCAUCAAGGGUCCUGAACUCUUGACUAUGUGGUUUGGUGAAUCCGAAGCCAACGUCCGUGACGUGUUCGACAAGGCUCGUGCUGCUGCGCCUUGUGUCUUGUUCUUUGAUGAGUUGGAUUCUGUAGCCAAGUCUCGUGGUGGAAACGUCGGUGAUGCUGGAGGAGCUGCUGACAGAGUUAUCAACCAGAUCUUGACUGAAAUGGACGGUAUGGGAAGCAAAAAGAACGUAUUCAUCAUUGGUGCCACCAACAGGUAAACGGGCUUUUUAUACCUUGUAGAUGGAUUUGAGAUAAUAUUAUUGUAUCUUUACUUAUUUAUAUUGUUUUAGACCUGACAUCAUUGACUCUGCCAUCCUUCGUCCAGGUCGUUUGGAUCAGCUGAUCUACAUCCCUCUGCCAGAUGAAGGAUCUCGUCUCCAGAUCUUCAAGGCUAACCUCAAGAAGUCUCCAGUUGCCAGCGACAUUGACUUGGGCUUCUUGGCCAAGUCGACCGUCGGUUUCUCUGGAGCUGAUAUCACCGAGAUCUGCCAACGUGCCUGUAAAUUGGCUAUCCGUGAGAGCAUUGAAAGAGAAAUCUUGCAAGAGAAGGAGCGACAAAAGAGACAGGCCAAGGGUGAGGAACUCAUGGAGGCUCAAGGUCAGGAUCCAGUACCCGAGAUUACUCGUGCCCACUUUGAAGAGGUAUGUUUACUUCUUUUUAUUGUUAUGAGUUAUAUUAUUCUUGUAUAUAUUUUUGUUUAUUGGUUCUUACUCUUUUUCUUUCAGGCCAUGAAGUUCGCUCGUCGCUCAGUCUCCGACAACGACAUUGUAAAGUACGAGAUGUUCGCCCAAACCCUUCAGCAACAACGUGGCUUCGGCAACAACUUCAGAUUCCCAGAACAACAAGGUGUACCCGCAGGUCAACAACAGCCAGCUGCCGUUCCCAACGCCCCAGCUGCCCAACCGGUUGGCGGAAACGACGACGAUGAUCUUUACAGCUAA